CAGGUUUUUAGAAUGUUUCAUUCGUGACAUCAAAACUGAGCUAUCUUAAAAAAAGCACCAAUGUUCCAUUUUUUCACAUAAACAAAGGGAUGAACAUUUAUCUGAAAAACCAUCAAAACUUGUUGAUAAAGUUUCACACUUUCAAAAGCUGAAUCAGUUUUCACAAGUGGGUUUUUGAUUUAGAAGAAUGAAGUUGGAUAGGAUUGAAGAAGGAAGUGUGAGGUUGUUGGGAAGUAGCAGUGGUGGGAGUAGUGAGUCUAGGUGGGUUGAUGGAAGUGAAGUUGAUUGGGAUGAAGAUCCUCCAUGGUCUCAUCAUGGAAGGGAUGGUAGAGAAGGGUAUGGUUCAAUUAGGAGAAGACUUGUUAAGAAACCUAAAAGGGUUGACUCUUUUGAUGUUGAAGCUAUGGAGAUUGCUGCUGGUCAUGAUCAACAUUCCAAGGACCUUUCCCUUUGGCCUACCAUUGCAUUGGCAUUUCAGACUCUUGGUGUUGUAUAUGGUGACAUGGGAACAAGUCCUCUCUAUGUUUUUGCUGGUGUCUUCAGCAAGGUUCCUAUUAACUCAGAUGACGAUGUCUUGGGGGCUUUAUCGUUAGUAAUGUACACGAUAGCGCUUAUUCCAUUAGCAAAAUAUGUUUUUAUAGUUCUCAAAGCUAAUGAUAAUGGAGAAGGAGGAACAUUUGCGCUGUACUCGCUGAUUUGUAGGUAUGCAAAUGUGAAUCUGCUUCCGAAUCGCCAACAAGCUGAUGAACAAAUCUCUAGUUUUAAGCUCAAACUUCCUACGCCAGAACUCGAAAGGGCUUUAAAAAUAAAGGAGACUUUGGAAAGGACGUCGAUCAUGAAAAACGUGUUGUUAGUGUUGGUUCUUCUUGGAACUUCCAUGAUUAUUGGUGAUGGUAUUCUAACUCCAGCGAUAUCAGUGAUGUCUGCCAUAAGUGGUCUACAGGAUCAAAUAAAUGGAUUUGGUACAGCUGAAGUGGUUAGCAUAUCUAUUGUAGUCCUCGUGGCUUUGUUCAGCAUUCAACAGUUCGGUACUGGCAAAGUGGGUUUCAUGUUCGCCCCUGUACUUGCUUUAUGGUUCUUUUCUCUGGGUUCUAUUGGAGUAUAUAAUAUACUUAAAUACGAUAUUACUGUUGUGAGAGCACUCAACCCAGCAUAUAUCUAUUAUUUCUUCAAGAAUAAUGGCAAAAGUGCAUGGUCAGCUCUUGGUGGUUGUGUUCUGUGCAUUACAGGUGCAGAAGCAAUGUUUGCAGAUCUUGGACAUUUUACUGUACCAGCAAUACAGAUUGCUUUCACUUGUGUGGUAUUUCCAUGUCUCCUCCUAGCUUAUAUGGGCCAAGCUGCUUUUCUGAUGAAAAAUCCUGCUUCUUAUUCAAGUGUAUUCUUCAAAUCUGUUCCAGAGAGUCUUUUCUGGCCAGUGUUUGUUAUAGCUACACUUGGUGCUAUGAUUGCAAGUCAAGCAAUGAUAUCUGCUACUUUUUCAUGCGUUAAGCAAUCAAUGGCUUUGGGAUGCUUCCCCAGGCUCAAGAUAAUUCAUACCUCAAAAAAGUUCAUGGGUCAAAUUUACAUACCUGUUAUUAAUUGGUUUUUGAUGAUUAUGUGCAUCGUUGUCGUUUCCAUCUUCCAAAGCACUACAGAUAUUGCAAAUGCAUAUGGCAUUGCUGAAGUUGGUGUGAUGAUGGUUAGCACCACCUUGGUGACACUAGUGAUGCUUUUAAUUUGGCAGACAAACUUGUUUUUAGCAUUUUGUUUCCUGCUUGUCUUUGGUUCUGUGGAGCUCAUUUUCAUGUCUUCAGUCUUAUCGAAAAUUUUCGAGGGUGGCUGGCUUCCACUUGCCUUUGCUACCUUUUUCCUCUCCGUGAUGUACACGUGGAACUACGGGAGUGUAUUGAAGUACCGAAGGGAAGUAAGAGAGAAAAUUUCAAUGGACUUAAUGCUUGAUCUUGGUUCCAAUCUUGGAACAGUAAGAGUACCAGGAAUAGGAUUGCUAUAUAAUGAGCUUGUCCAAGGUGUUCCCUCCAUUUUCCUGCAGUUCCUUCUAAGCCUUCCAGCUCUUCAUUCCACCGUAGUUUUUGUCUGCAUUAAAUAUGUUCCGAUUCCUGUGGUUCCUCAAGAAGAAAGAUUUUUAUUCCGAAGAGUUUGUCCGAAAGAUUAUCAUAUGUUCCGCUGUGUUGCUAGGUACGGUUACAAAGACGUUCGGAAGGAAGAUCACCAUGCAUUUGAGCAACUUCUUAUGGAAAGUCUUGAGAAAUUCUUGAGAAGGGAAGCAUUAGAAGCUGCGUUGGAGUUGGAGGGUAACUUAACCGAUGAUGUGGACACCGCCUCGGUGGAUACAAGAAAUUCUGAUCUUGCAGCCGGUAAUGGAGCAGAGGAGCUUAGGAUGCCACUGUUGCAUGGUCAGAAUUUAGAAGAAACAGGAACUUCUACCUCACAUGAAGGUGCGUCGACAUUAUUACCAUCGAGUUACAUGUCGUCAGAUGAAGAUCCUAGUCUUGAAUACGAGCUUUCAGCUCUUAGAGAAGCAAUGGAUUCAGGAUUCACCUAUUUGCUUGGACAUGGAGAUGUGAAAGCAAAGAAGAACUCUUUUUUCUUUAAGAAAUUGGUUAUAAACUAUUUUUAUGCAUUUCUAAGAAAGAACUGCAGAGGAGGUACUGCAAAUAUGAAAGUACCUCACACCAAUAUCAUUCAAGUGGGGAUGACAUAUAUGGUCUGAACUCUGAAUGAAUCAUGCAUUCUUUCAGAUAAUUAUGCAAUGCAAUGCUUAGUUUACAACAUCACAUUGUUAUUGCUACUCUAUUUUUUCUUUUCCCGUCAGCGGUGAUUGGUAAAAAAUUUGUAGUUAGAAUCAGCAAUUGUGUAAUUGUUUCAUUUGUCAAACAUAAUGCUUGAAGUGAUUAAUUUCAAUGUUAUUGAUGCUAUUGUACAUUGAUGUUUAUAUCUUGUUAUGAGAUUAUGAAUCACAAUA